CUACAUAUAGAUCUACACCUACAUGGACUUAUAUUUUUCUUAAUGAUUCUUCAAAUCCAUUUUUACACUCUAACACCCAUAUUUACCAUUUUCCUUAAGUCCCUGAAGGUAACAUGAGUGUGGUCUUGCCCUUUUCACCGAUCCCAGUCUUGUGAUUAGUCGAGGGUCUUUUCACUCACUCCGGUCAAUAGGCAGUCCCCCAAAAACCGAGUCACGUUUCUUCUCAUCCAAUCACAGUCCAGUUUAAUUAUGACACAGUGGGAUUCCGCGAAAUUGUUUCUUGGAGUUGAACUAAAGUGCUGCUCUCUGUAAAAUAGGACAAGUUGACCCGUGUGUGGGUGCGCACAGGGAGGUGGACACAAUAGCGCCGUGGGUAAACGCUGUGAUUUUGAUUCGUCCGCUAGAAUUAAAAGGAUCUGGAGGAAGAAAGAGAAAGGAGGAACCGGGGAACAAUUUCAAAGCGCUAUCUUUCCUGAGCGGGGCGUUUAUUUAUCCGCCGCGCAACCCCGACAAGAAAAGCGCAGUCUGCGCGGAGUGGUCACAUUGAAGACGACACGUGUGGAUGAUUAACCGCAUGUUUCCUGGGAGGACUGCGGACUGAUUACUGUAUCCGCGUUGUCGGAUAGUUUUUCCUCGCCUCUCAAGAUCUGUUGUUUUGCUUCUCUCCUCCCGGCUCUGCUUCAGGGAUCGUGAUGUCGUCGGAAGUCGACGUCUCUGCAGACCGCGUCCCCAGCCGACCACCGCCGGGGCGGAUGGAGGACGUACUGAAAGAGAGCCAGGAGAACAGGACUUUACUGAUGGUGGCGAGGAUUUUGCUGGACUUGAACAAAUGCAGCCCCAACACUGUCAGCGCUGGAGAAAACAGAUGUCUCGGGGGCAGCGAGGCCGGCGCGCAAGAGAAAGCGGAGCGGGGGAGUCGGCUGAGCGGCGGGGACAGCCGCGGCUCUCCGGCCAGCCAAGCCAAACAUCCCCGGAACACGAAGGCGGCGGCGGCGGGGAGACUGCCGUGCUCCGAGAAGAGACACCGCUGCCCUUUUGCUGGCUGCGGGAAGAUGUACGGCAAGUCGUCCCACCUUAAAGCCCAUCUUCGGGUCCAUACCGGUGAGCGCCCCUUUGAGUGUACCUGGGCAGGCUGCGGCAAGAAGUUCUCCCGAUCGGAUGAGCUCACCCGUCACUAUCGCACGCACACAGGCGAAAAGCGCUUCAACUGUCCGAUGUGUGACAAGUGCUUCAUGAGAAGCGACCACCUGAAGAAACACGCCCGGCGACAUCCAGGCUUUCAUCCCAGCAUGCUCCAGGGCUCCGGCGCGGCCAAGAGAAGGCGUUGCUCCGUGUCCGUGUCCUCCUCUGAUUCUGGAGACCGAAGCCCCACCGGGGUGUGAGACACACCCACAUACUGUACAUGUGCACACAAAGGUACAUACUGCACAUACGGAGGCAUACACAGACAUCCACACCCGCGUGUGACGCCUGUACAUUUUCUACAAAUCCUGUCGAGCCAGACAACCAGCCAGACCACAAUUCAGAGUUUACUACACAUGUAACGAAGCAAACAUGACAAAUCUGACUGUAAUCACACUAGAACUUCUCCUCUCAUUCCCUGAGGUGAUUGUUAUUUAUUAAGGGUUAUUUCAGGGAAGUUCAGUUCUUCUUCAACUUUAUUAUGUGUUGUCAAUUUUUUUUCUUUUUUCUUGAAAGAAUCUGCCGUCCAAGUGGAAACCAUGUACCCAUAAAGUGUUUGAAAAACACUGCAUGAGUUCACUUUGCAUCGCAGACUUCCCUUGCAAAUGAAGAGAAUGGGAAGAACGCAAGUCCUUAUAUUCUUAGCGCUUAAAGAAGUUCUGGAAAUAGUCCUUUAAUGAAUAUUGUUAUUGCACACAUAGACUUAUGCACACUUGAACAGUUGCUUUUCAGCCAGGAUAAUGCAAAUGCACAACACAGCAGUAUUAUCAUGUAAAUAGCUCAAACUAACUUCAGAUGGGUGAUAUACUAAGUUUAGUGUAGUUACAUGUUAUUAGAGAGUAAUAAGAAAACUAUACUAUAGAGAAAUAUAGAGCCUGUUUAUUUAAUUUCACACAUUUUGCCAUGGACUUCAGGUAUAAUCAGGUGUGUUAUGAGCUUGUAGGGAUAAGCAGUGUGCUUCCUUUGUUGAAACACACACAUUGCAAUUAAAUGCACCAAUAUACCUUUAUAGUACCUUGUCAAGGCCAUAAUACACAAGCAAAUCUCAGCAUUUGUGUUGUUUCUUAGUAAUGCUUGAAAACAUAACAGGGUAAAACCUUUUAGAAGAUAAUGUGGUAACAUUUUUUCACUUACUGUUUAAACACUACUCGGUGUUCUGACCACAGUGAUUUAUGUUUCGUAAAAGUUCGUGCCUUUUGAUGGUUUUGUGGCAGAGGGGAAUUUCUACGUUUUUCAAUACUACCUGAAUUAACAUCGUCAGAUUCUUUGUGUUGCUGUUCAGUAAUACUUUAAAGCUCAACGACUGUCUUCAAAUGCCAAGAGUGCCAGUUUUGUUUGGACUGCAUUUUUUUUUUUUAAAUCAGGGAAUAAUGUGAUGUGUGGACACAUGACUUAAAAUUACACCCCCUGGUGUUGACAUGGAAGCACAACAUUUCUCGCAGGAUAGAGUCCUAAUUAUUAUUAUUAUUAUUGUUAUUUUUAUUCUUAUUGUUUGUCCUUCCAUUUGAGGAGUGCUUUCUUGAUUAGUUCAAAAAAUUCCAUCAUGUAGCAUGUUUGUAUGUAUUUUCUUUGGUACAGUGUAUGUUUUAUUUGUCCGGGAAUCUUUUAUAAUAUUACAAAUGGAAUGAGAGGUCUUAUUAAGCCACUACAGGAGCCAGAUGAAUUAUUAUUGAUGUCAUUAGUUUUCUUUUGUACUUGUCACACGAUGCAUUCAAAUGUCCAAAUAGAGUCUGUAGCUUGUAGAAUACAAACUACAUAUAUUUGUGAAGUGAAAUGCUUAUUUUAUUUUAUUUUUCUUCUUUUCUGGCAUUAUGAUGACUGUGAUUGGAUGCUGGUGCCUUUCAGGUUGAAGCCCUUACUUCUGAUGCUACUGUACUGUAAUCAGGGACUGUCAAUGCAAAUCCCAUGCUAUUGCAAUACACAUACCUGUGUAAUAAUUGUUGCUCAAAUGUUUUAACAUUAAAAUUAUCCUUUUGUUUUUU